GUAGUACAGAGCUGUGCUGUCAGGCAGUGCCCUGUAGCCCCGGCUCAGUCUCCUCCCAGCAGCACUGCAGCCCUGAUUACUCACUCCGUGGGAGGAGGAGGGGAUUUCGAGCCAUUCAAUCACUCUCCAGCAGCCAUCUUCACUUCCCUUUUUCUCAUCACUUCAUCCUUUGCAUCAGUGUAGACUCCCCAGUUUUUCUUUCUCAUCCGGAUCCAGAGUGGGGGGAAAGCCUGUGCCAGUACCGCCUGUAGCUGGGCUCUACCAAUCGGGGAAGGAGCGGGGGUCGGUGCUUGCAGCGCGUUGCACUUCUCGUUUUGCCAGAGGUUGAAGGGGCUGUGACUGAGACCAGGGGUACCGGAGUGAAUCCCACGCACGUCCAUCUCUGCUGGGCUGCACAAAGCGGUGCUGCGAGGAACGGUGGGCAGCGGAGAAGGGGAAGCGCUCGGCGCGGCGGGGAGUGCCUCAGAUUAGCAUUGGGAUGCUGAACUUUUGCUGCCAGACUUGAGAUAGCCUUGGAGUGCUACAGAAGAGGUUUGGCAAGUGCAGGUUUUUAUCAGCUUGGGAAGACCUCUAUUGCAUUUUCCUCAAUGUUUGGUAUCGCAGGCUGAACUGUUGCUGAGACACUUCAUACCCACCAGAAGGCACUUACAUGUAAAACCUGCACAUCUUUUGGAUUAAGGGCUCUGUUUGGAAGAACUGAACAUUUUGGAGGUCUGGGUGGCUUUAUUAUCCCCACCUCUCUGUGGCUUUAGGACUAACAAAAAUGAGUGAAUUCUGGUUGUGUUUCAACUGCUGCAUCGCAGAGCAACCGCAGCCUAAAAGACGAAGGCGGAUUGACAGAAGUAUGAUUGGUGAACCCACAAACUUUGUUCACACAGCACAUGUAGGAUCAGGAGACCUUUUUAGUGGAAUGAAUUCAGUGAGUUCAAUUCAAAACCAAAUGCAGUCCAAAGGUGGCUAUGGUGGAAAUAUGUCUGCGAAUGUUCAAAUGCAGCUUGUGGAUACAAAGGCAGGAUAACCAUGGGAAUACAUCGGCAAGCCUUUCUAGCUGGUUUUAACUUCGCCUGCCCCUUGUCCCUCUCCAUCUUCAUUCUUGCGUUGGUGACCCUGCUUCUGUGUGUUCCAUCACCUGCCAGAUGAUUUAUUGUUUCCCUCGUGUGAUGACAGAUAGGAAAAGAUGCUGGCCUGUGCUGAGGAUGUAGUUUAUCAGUUCUGCUGGACCAUGCCUUUUCACUUGAACACAGGGCUCUGGUCUUUGCCAAAACCUUUUACUUUCCUUCUAUAAAAUAGAAUUUUUAAAUAACCUUAUUUUUGAGGCCCUGUGUUGUCGCAUACAGGUUUUUUUUGUUUUUUUUUAAUAAUUUUUUCUGUUUUGCUUUUUAUUUUUUAGCAAUGCUUAAGCUCCUAACAUAUUUCAUUGCUCAUGUGAGGCCUGAGGCCUGCAAGCACAAUGCUAAUUGCAAUUUGGACUGCAGUGAAAUAGAAGAAUUGCAUGCUAUGUAAAGUUGUUGUGUACAGCAGCUUAUCAGGACGGGGAAAGCAACACUGGCUUCCUUGGUGGCACCAGCCUGUACCUGGUCUAUUAGAAGAAGAAAGGAAACAAAAAAAGACUUCUUUUAUCAUAGCUGCUUUAGCAUUCUGUCAGUUUAGUGAUACCCAAGCCAGUUUUGAAGAGGGUAAUAAUAAAAUAAUAAUGAUAAUAAUAAAAAAAAUCUUCCAUUCAUAAGGAAUUCUGCUGUAAAUGUUCAGUAUAUUUAUUUGAAAGAUCUGACCUCAAGAUUGUAAACCCGUGUAGUAACCUAUAAUGUGUUGUGUUGGUGCUUUUGUCUGUAAGGAAACAAAUAGAACCCCCAUCGCCGUUUCAUCAGCCAUUCUAUUCUAAUGGCAGCAUGUCACUCUGCCUGCAAUGUCCCCCCUUUCAUGUUGUUUUUCUGCAGGUUCUGUCCCAUUACCUAAAGGCCAUUAUUGAAUUGCUGUGUGCAGCGAUCUGGAUGCCUGUUACACCAGACUGAAUAGGAAUCGACAAACUGGCUUAACAUACAGGGUGACUUUUUCCAGCUUUUGGUAAAAAGUCUUUUGCUCAGGUUCCGAAGCAUGUAUUUCUUUUCACACUUUGUGAAAAAAAAUUCUUUUAAUAUUGCACUGUUUCUCGGAUGUACAUGUUAUUGAUCCUGUAUUCAUUACCUGUUAUGGGCUUAGAGAAAAACGACUUGACAUUGUAUUGAAUAUAUGAGAUUUAUCUGUAAGUCUGGUUGAAUGCUUGUCUGGAAAUAUUCUGCCAAACGUACUGUUAUAUCUAGCAGCCUUUACCUUACACACAACUCCAUAAAACCAUGUGCAGAAAGAGAAGCUAAAAGAACAAUUCAGUAAUAGAAUGCCAGAGGGAUCCUCGGCACAUUGUACAUCUGUUGCAGUCAAAUGGUUAAUUUAAAAAAAAAAAACAAAAAAACUGUAUACUUAGUAUCUAUUGCCAAGCAGAACUCUAGAUCAUAUAUUAAGAAUUCAUUUACAUACAGCCAAUACUGUCACGCAAUUUAAUGUGGCACUUGUGAUUGUUGUGUUUCCAUUUAUUACAUUAAGGUAAGGAGUUUCCUUACACUACAGAAAUGCAGCUUCCAUUCAGAGAUUGCCAUGGCUUGCCAACAGUUGUAGUUCAGCUACAGGUGGCACUUGGCUAUACUCUUUUUAUAAAAAGUGUUUAUCACCCUUUUUAAAAAGAUACCUCUUACACAUAAAUUCAUUAUGUAGGUGUAGGCACUCCAACAGGGUUGUUUCCGAGGGUGAAUUUCCGUACAUGGUCUUAGCAGCAUCAUCAGCUGUUUGUUACCAUUACGUGGUGCUUGGGUUGCAGGUUAGAGACAAUAUGCUUAUUUACAAAACAUGCACACAGGGCUAAAAUGGAUGCAGAUUGCCAUUUUUUGUACCCACAAUGCAGCAUUAUUCCUAUAAUUCCAGAGGAAAGCUUUAUGAAAAGUACAGGCUAUGCAGGUCUGCAUUAGGUUUGUUUCUUAAAUGUCUGCAAUUCUGUAAUAAAUACAGAAACAAAUGUUUCUUGCAUACAAUUUACUAUGCACCCAGACUUUGUCAAGGAGAGAAAGUGAUCGAUAAACCCAUCUUGUAAAUAGAGUAUAUAUUCUAUUGGAGUGAACAAAGGAAAACCAACAGCCUAGAGAGAAUCUAGUAUUGCAAGACAGGCUGACUCUGUGGGUACGCACUGUUUUUUUUUCCAUUAAAACACUUCAGCCAAGUGUGCUAGGACUAACUGCAAUACUUUUAUCAUCUGAACCCCGGUCUGUACGAAGAGCAGGUUUAUCAAAAAAUAUUUUCAGAUUCUUUGAUCAAGAGUAAAAAAAAAAAAAGAAAUAAUUUACAUAUUUUUAUAACAAAACAUACUUUUUGUACAUUGUGUUCAUUCUUGAAUGAAGUCAGUUCAGUGUUGGCUUGUAGAUAUUACAGAGAAGUAUUGACAUUGAUUCAAUAAACAUUUUCUUUCAUC